UGUACUUCCUGCUGCUUUAAGGGGCCUCAAAACACUCUGCAAUGAAGAAUAGCCCCUGGCUAGGGUCUACAAUGACUACUGGGUAGCCAGUGUUGCAAGAUGUCUACCCAACCUGACUGGAUAUCAUGACAAGCCUUCACUCUCAGCCUGGCCAAGCCAUAUUGUUCCUUUGGGACAGCAUAUGGAACUUCAAUGUGACUCUCCUAGUGACUAUUACACAUUCACAUUGUACAAAGAACUUGGUAAUCCUAUCCCUCCAAUCCAGGGAAGCCCAUACCAGAAGAAAUUUGUCUUUGGACCUGUGACAACAGAACAUGCAGGGACAUACAGAUGCUAUGGUUUGAAUUAUCAUUAUGCUAUUAAAAUUUCAGCCAACAGUGACCCUGUGAAGAUCAUAAUUUCAGGAGUCUACAGGAAGCCUUUCCUCUUGGCCUUACAACCUCCCCUGGUGAAUUUAGGAGAGACGGUGACACUGGAGUGUCGAUCAGAGAUUAUGUUUGACACCUUCAUUUUGACAUCACAUAAAAAUGGAACAAUUAAAGACUCUUUCGAGCUUUCUGCAGAACAUUAUCAUGGGGGUUCCCAAGCCAACUUCUCAAUAGGUCCUGUGACACCUGAUGAUGCUGGGACAUACACAUGCUAUGGUUCCUUAAAUCACUCUCCAUAUGAGUGGUCUGAAUCCAGUGGCCCCAUUGACAUAAAUAUCACAGGUUUAUACAAGAUACCUACUCUGUCAGCCCUGAUGGGUCCUGGGGUGAUGUCAGGAGAGAACAUGACCUUGACCUGUUUCUCUGACCUUCAGUUUGACAUGUUCCAUCUGUCCAGGGAAGGGGUGCCUGAGGGACAUGAGCUGCCUUCAGUGCAGAACAACAAUGGGACAUUCCAGGCCAACUUCCUUCUUGGUCCUGUGGUCCAGGCAGGGAACUAUAGAUGCUAUGGCUCUUUCAGGAACUCUUCCCAUCUGUGGUCAACCCCAACUGACCCCUUGUACAUUCUUGUCACAGUUAACUCAACAAGAAAUUGCACUUCAUGCACAGAAGUAGACUCCACAAAGGUGCUUCAUGGAAGAUGAAAGACAGCCCAUCCUGGAUUUUAUACACUGAAGCC